AUGGCCGGCGACAAGGACGCCAGCACCACAACCUCCCAUCGCCUGUCGAGACUGACGGCAAAACUGCUGCGACGCCCGUCGACUUCUCCCCCUAAGCGCCUCCUCCUCGCCGGCACGCCCUCUACGCCCUCUACCUCCGCCGCUGCACCUCCCGACGCCGUCCCCCGUCCCCCCGACUCGCCUCGCCCACGCCUAUUAGGCCUAUCGGUCCCCUCCAGCACCUCUCUCUCCUCCCAGAAAUUAUCUCCCACCAGUGCCAAGCCAGCGGAUGCGACGCCGCGUUUGGCGGCCGAUCACCAGUUACGGGGCUCGUGGUGCAGCCUCGAGACCGCCACAGACACUACUGCGCAGGAUAAGAGUAAUGACAAGCUCCUAGGCCAAACGGUGAAGGCGAAAGACGCUUUAGAGCUGCUCGAUCGGCAACCUGACUGUAGCUCAGCUGGCCCCGGUUCAGCAGUUCAAGCUCCCCCAGCUCCCCAGCCCUGUCCCUCGAACACCCAUUUUGCCGACGAACCACCUCCACCCACUGCGUCUGAAGCUCCAAGACGAGGCGAUUCGCUGAGGCGCACCGAAGAGCCCGGCUCUGGUGCCUCUCUCAAAGAAGCCAGCUUGCCCUCUAGCAGGUCUCUGUCUGUUCGCAGGUCUGACUCGCGCUCUGCAGCAUCUCGCGCGCUCAACGUGGUUGACGAGUCAAGCCAAAUCGCGACCUUACCCUCUCCUCUCGCCACUGCACCGCCGAAACUCGUCCCAGCCUCUGCUAUCCCUGCCACGCGCCCUCCACUAGCCAUCCGCCGGCAGUCGUUGGUGCCCGCAUCACAGCAGCGUCUGAUCAAAACACUCCUCGAGCCAGGACCUCCAGGCAGCGGUGGCGACUAUUUCUCGCGCGGAACCCCAACAAUACAAGCAGACAUGAUCAGUCGAAAGAUAUGGGUUAAACGCGCGGGAUCGUCCCCGACGCUAGUCUGCGUGACAGAGGAGGACUUGGUGGACGAUCUGCGUGAAGCCAUCUUGAGAAAAUACGCCAAUUCUCUGGGUCGCACUUUUGAUGCGCCAGAUGUUGUGCUGAAGCUCGUUCCACGCGAGCCCUCGAGCCGGCAGAGCAAUUCGGAGCGCUUCCUGGGCCCUGAAGAACCCGUCGGCCGCACGCUGGAUCACUACUAUCCCGGCGGGCAAGCCGUCGGUGAAGCGUUGAUCAUCGAGACCCCACAGCGUCGUACCCCAAGACCCUCCCCGCGUCACAAUGUUUCGUAUUCCCACCAAGAAGACAUCCGUCCCGGCGAAGCAGACGAAUAUUUUCCUCCAAUGCAUGUCAUACAAACGCCUAACGUCCCGAGCUCAAUAUCCUCUGGCAGUAUACCUAGUUCUCACCAACACUCAAUGGCCGUGAUCACCACGGGUCAAUUACCGGCCGUUCCGUCCCCAGGCAGCCGUGGCUCCUGGCACAAUAUCCAACACCGUCCAAAAUUCCCGCGCCAGCAUACCUCCUCUCCCACAAUCAUAGGCGCGACCCCUGCCGUAAACAACUUAACUGAUACCGUUGAUCCUCCUGUCAAUGGUGUUCCGUCCAUGCCCUCUCCUCAAGCCACCACAACUCCUCCAAUUCCCGUAACCGAAGUUCCUCCAAAAUCCGUUCAUACUCCUCCAGCUCGCGUCAGCUCUCCUCGCCCGGCCGUCAAGUUCCGCGCCUUGAAGAAAAAUAGCAGUGGUACCACUGCUGAUUCUAGCCCCUCGUCAGCACGUCUCCUCGACGGCACGAUCCCCCCUAUUAAUGUUCUCAUCGUUGAAGAUAAUACAAUCAACCUGAAGCUAUUAGAGGCUUUUAUGAAAAGACUGAAGGUCAGAUGGCAGACUGCUAUGAAUGGGCGCGAAGCCGUAAACAAAUGGCGUGGCGGAGGCUUCCAUUUAGUUCUCAUGGAUAUCCAGCUUCCUGUGAUGAAUGGGCUAGAAGCUACGCGUGAAAUUCGAAGAUUAGAAAGGGUGAACGAUAUCGGCGUUUUCUCAAAAGGCGUCUCUGGGUCCGCGCAUGCGAUGAUAGAUGACGCCGCCUCGCCUCCCUCCCCAGAAGAUUUCCUGGACAAAACGUCGCUAGUUAAAAGUCCCGUUAUUAUCGUUGCACUUACAGCAAGUAGCUUGCAAAGUGAUAGAGACGAAGCAUUGGCUGCUGGAUGUAAUGAUUUUCUAACUAAGCCCGUCAACAUGAUAUGGCUGGAAAAGAAAGUGACUGAAUGGGGGUGUAUGCAAGCUCUCAUCGACUUCGAGGGCUGGCGAAAAUGGCGUGGAUUCGAUUCCGCGACAUCGAUACCUGUGCCCCAGCAUCUACAAGCUUCCAUCACAAAUACUGCACUCACAAGCUCUCCUGGAACCAAGAUUCCAACUCUUAGAUCCUCCCAACUGAGCGUUGUCGCCGGAUGCGCCGCCCAGGGCGAAAAGCUAGCUACCAACAAACGAGAAGCAAGCCCGGCACCCAAGAGCCCAGUCGCUGGCGUAUAUCCCAAGACCGGUGGCAAAGAUUCGGUGACGAGCUCCACAUCGACAAUUGUGCCGAACGGUGGCGGCGGUGCGUCCGGAGCCCUUGCGCCGCUAUCAAAGCCUCCGGCCAGCAAUAGCAAUAAUAGCAAUACUAGCAAUAAUGGGAGCAUCCCAUUGUCACCGUCUACAACUACUCCGUCUGGUAAGCGAGCAAGCCGUGUGCCAACGCCGGCCAAAACGUCACCGGCGUGA